UUGGUGUAGUUGUAACUACUUUUUCAUAUAAAAGUAUAACGUAAUUUCUCUUACGGCACCAUGCUUCCGGUAAAUUCGAGCUUAUUUCCGGUUUAAAUGUAUGUGAUGUGAUAAUGGAAGAAGCUGCUACAAAUGAGGAAGCAACUGAUGGGACUUCCAUGGAAUCUUCUGUUUGUGCUGGGUGUCUCAACAUUCUUGAUGAGGAAGAGUUUAUCCAAGCAUUGAAUCAGGAAUGGCAUAUGGAAUGUUUCAGAUGUUCAGCAUGUGAUGCAUCACUGUCAAGUUGGUAUUUCGAAAAGGAUGGUCUACUGUUUUGUAAGGAUGAUUACUGGACAAAAUAUGGAGAGUCAUGCCAGGACUGUGGACAGAUCAUUACUGGGCCAGUAAUGGUGGCUGGAGAUCACAAAUUCCACCCAGAAUGUUUUUGCUGCACGUCAUGUGGUGGUUUCAUUGGGGAUGGAGAGUCAUAUGCUCUGGUGGAACGUUCCAAAUUGUACUGUGGACCAUGUUACAAACGUCAGAUGCAGCCUCUCAGCAAGACAUCAGGCACGCCAUUUGUUCGCAAACCACACUCAAUCCGAUUGGUGGAGAUUCCACCCACCAGUGAUGGUCAGCGUGGCAUUAAGUUGAGUGUGGAGAGUGCCCGGGGUCUUCCUGUUACAACUGAGCCCUAUGGUUGUCGUGGUCUCCGCAUUUCUGAAUUGGAUAUGAGUAGCGAUCUUAUGUCACUACACAUUGGAGAUCGAAUCCUGGAGGUGAAUGGGACCCCUGUCAAAGACCAACCCAUAGAAAACAUAGAGAAUCUCAUCCGUUACUCUGACACAGUCUUACAGCUGACAAUUGAACAUGAUCCAGACGCCCUGAAUCGGCGGCGUCCAAGUUUCCCGUAUUCUGCAUCAGUUAUCACUCCUCCAUGUGCACCUAGUACAGGGCUGUGUGGCUCACGAACACAUCCACCCGAUCGUGAAAGACUGUUUAAGAGACGGGAUGAGGGAUACAUCAGUGGUUCUCGCAGUAGGCAGCUUCGCCGAGGGAAGGGCAGCUGCAGCAAGGAGCGCUCAUCUUCUAUGUCUCGGCUUCUAGAAGGUUCGCCUCCGACGCGUGAAACAUGUGACCUUUCACGCACCAGGUCAUUUCGAGUAGAACCCAAGAGCCAGCGAAUCUUCCGAGCGUCAGACCUCGUAAAGGGAGAACUGCUUGGUAAAGGUUUCUUUGGUCAAGUGUACAAAGUCACACACCGGGACACAAAUGAGGUUAUGGUGCUGAAGGAAUUAUAUCGGGUAGAUGAGGAGGCCCAGAAAAAUUUCCUGAAAGAGGUGGCGGUGUUACGUAGCUUACACCACAACAAUGUGCUGCGUUUCAUUGGUGUGUUGUAUAAAGACAAGAAGCUUCAUCUGGUCACAGAAUUUAUUUCUGGUGGCACCCUGAAGGAACUCAUCCAUGACCUGAAUGAGGCUUUGCCAUGGGAGCAGCGAGUAAACUUUGCCAAGGAUAUUGCAUCUGGCAUGUCAUACCUCCAUUCCAUGAACAUCAUUCACCGUGAUCUCAACUCUCACAAUUGUCUCGUUAGAGAGGACAAGACUGUAGUUGUGGCAGACUUUGGGCUGGCCCGUAUCAUCUCUCAGAACAGCAACUCGUGUAGUGGAGGUGUUGGUGGCAACAUGGCAGACCGGCGUCGCUAUAGCAACAAGAGAGGUGGCAGUAGUGGAACUGGAAGUCGAAGGUGUGAGCGUAAGAAACGAUACACAGUGGUUGGCAAUCCCUAUUGGAUGGCACCAGAGAUGAUGAAGGGAAAUAAAUAUGAUGAGAAAGUGGAUAUUUUUUCCUUUGGCAUUGUUCUCUGUGAGAUAAUAGGUCGUGUGCAUGCUGAUCCAGACUAUCUGCCUCGAUCAUCAGACUUUGGUUUGAAUCAGCAUGUUUUCCGUGAGAAGUUCUGUUGCCAGUGUCCUGAGCCGUUCUACCGGGUGGCCUUUCUUUGUUGUGACCUGAAUCCAGACAAGAGGCCACCUUUUGAAGUAAUGGAAGUGUGGCUAGAAGGUCUGGCGAUGCAUCUGUCUGUUGGAUUACCCUUGCCUCAGGACUUGGAGUUUGACAUUUACAACUACACAGGCCGCAGUCCCAGUUCGUCCGAAUCCACAACACCAGAAGCCUUAACACCAUCAGCUAACCCACCCUCUCUUCAACCAAUUAAGGAGGGUUGCUGUCAACAAAGCCACCUGCCGCCAUCGCCUCGGCCCAAGAUGGGAGGUGGAGCUACACCUGUACGAUCGUCAUCUCCAAUAGAGAGUACUGCACUCUGAUUGGUAUGAAAGAGCAUAUUGGUUAUAGUAUCAGGUUCUAUACCCAUGACAGUUACCCAUUCAGUCAUGACAGAAAACUAUUAGAAUUGCAUAACAAAGACUGUUGUUCCUUUUUAUCUGUAUCACAGUAUUUGAAAACACACAUGAAAUGCUGAUACAGUACUAAAACACUACAUGCAUUUGUUUAUAAUUUGUACGGUUACAGUUUGUGUUAGAACAAGUUACGUACAUUCCGAGAUCUGAGGUUCUCGUGUUGGUGAAUAUACCAAUUAUGGUCUCAGUUGUGACCUGUGUGGUCUCAUGGACAGUUACAAAUGUUUUGGACACUCCAUCCCAGCCCAGAAAAUUACGGCCAAGAACUUAGGUACAGCUGU